AUGAACUCUCUUGCCCGCAGCGCCGCCAAUUCGCAGAAUGGCCUCUCGAGGGCCUCUCUUCGCCUUGCCCCCGCCUGCAGCCCGUGUCCCGCCGCAUACACUCGGUUAGCUUCUCAGUUUGCGCAGAAGCCCAUCCGCAAUGCUGCGAGCGUCGAACGUGCAGCGCUUCCAUCUGCGCUGUCGACGCCGCUGCGAUCGACUUUUCUGCCUGCCGAUUUGCGAGUCGCUUCCGCUGCGUCACAGUCCCGCUUCCUGCAUGUAAGCGGCCGGAGACUGCAGGAGGACAAGGUCAAGACCGAGGCCAAGGCUGAGGCCAAGACUAAAGUCGAAGAGGAGCCGGCCAAGGAUUCCGAGGAGAAGGCCGAUGGAAAGGAGGAGGCCAAGGAAGAAAACGGAGACGAGGGCAAGGAAAAGAAGGAGGAUCUUCCCCCUCCCCCGCCGCAUGGUGACAAGACCCCUUGGCAGGUGUUCAUGGAGACGAUGAACACUGAGCUUCAAAAGUCCCAGGAAUGGAACGAGUCGACCAAGCAGAUUGCUGCGUCCGCAACCCAGCUUGCCGAGAGCGAAUCCGUUCGACGAGCUCGCGAGGCUUACGAAAAGUCCACCGGAGCCAUCUCACAAACUACAUCCAAGGUAGCCAAGACCACCGCUACAGCCAUUGGAAAGGGCGCGGCCUGGACCUGGGACACAUCGGUCAUGAAGGGUGUGCGAAAGGCUGCCAACGUCACUGGCGAAGCCGUCGACAAGGCCACCAAGCCCAUUCGAGAGACCGAAGCCUUCAAGAACGUCAAGAAUGUCAUCGAUGAUGGCAGCUCAUCCCGGUACGGUGGCUGGGUUGAUAAGGAGGAGCGUAAGAGGAGGAGGGAGCAGCUGGCAAAGGAGCGUGGUGAAGACGAGGUCCUCCAGGAAGAUCCCAACGCCGGAACCAACAUUACCCUGCACAAGGACGCAGCUUGGAAAGAAGCCUGGAGGGAUUUCCGAGACAGCAACAAGUUUGUCCAGAAUGUCUUCAGCUUGAAGGGCAAGUACGAAGAAUCAGAGAACCCCCUCAUUUCGACGGCGCGCAGCAUCACCGACACGAUUGGCGGCUUCUUCGCCGAGAACGAGACGGCCAUGGUCAUCAAGAAGUUCCGCUCCAUGGACCCCAGCUUCCGGACCGAGCCCUUCCUGACGGAGUUGCGCGAGUACAUCCUCCCCGAGGUGCUGGACGCCUACGUCAAGGGAGACACCGAGGUGCUGAAGCAGUGGCUCUCGGCCGCGCAGUUCUCCGUCUACGAGGCUCUCACGAAGCAGUACCUCCAGGCUGGCAUGAAGUCGGACGGCCGCAUCCUGGACAUCCGGAACGUGGACAUUCUCAAGGCCCGUAUGCUGGAUCCUGGCGAGAUUCCCGUCUUCAUCAUCACAUGCCGAACCCAGGAGGUGCACGUUUACCGCAAUGCCAAGACGAACGAGCUGGCCGCCGGCAUGGAAGACCGGGUGCAGCAGGUGACGUAUGCCAUUGGCAUCACCAGGGUGCCCGAGGACGUCAACAACCCGGAGACGAGGGGCUGGCGUCUGAUUGAGAUGCAGAAGAGCGGACGAGACUGGGUCUAA